GACACAGUGGUGGCUCUCCAAGCCCUGUCCCUGUACGGAGCUGCCACCUAUGCCAAGAGCGGAGCAGCUUCUAAAGUGAGCCUGCGAUCUGGAGGGGACUUCCAGCAAGACUUCCAAGUGGAUCCCACAAACCGGCUGCUGCUCCAGCGCGUGCCCCUGCCCCAGGUGCCAGGGGAGUACAGCACAGAGGUGUCUGGCGAAGGAUGCGUCUACCUGCAGACAAGCCUGAGGUACAACGUGCAGCCCACGCAGGAGGAUGCACCCUUCAUGCUCCAUGUCUACACGAUCCCAGAGACAUGUGAGGACUCCAAGGCUCACAAGGUCUUUGACGUAGGCGUAAAUGUCAGUUACACUGGGGAGCGCAAUGGCUCCAACAUGGUGAUUGUUGAUGUGAAGAUGCUGUCAGGAUUCAUCCCCGUGAAGUCCUCCGUGAGGAAGCUGGAAAGCCGCCCUGUUAUUGAGCGAACAGAGUUGAGUACCAACCAUGUGCUGGUGUAUCUGGAAAAGCUGAGCAGCCAGACCCUCAGCUUCUCCUUCACGGUGGAGCGGGACGUCCCGGUGCAGGGCCUGAAGCCCGCUCAGGUCAAGGUCUACGACUACUACGAGACAG